CGCCCCCGCCCAGCCGCAGCCCGCGCGUUCGCCGACCCGCAGGGCCCGUUCUCCGCUGCCCUGACGCCUCGCGUGCCUUUAGCCACGUGGGAACAGGUUGAAAAGGGAUUGCCAAGCAGUGUUGAGGCCACCGGAGAUUUGGAUAGUUGUAGCAGUCUGUUGAGUUAUUUCAUUUUUGCACACUAAACAUUUCAGCUUUCAGAAUGGAGAUGGCACUUCAUAUUCUGAACAGUGUUGUUCCAUGUUGCUUGUUAAAGAGGAUGGCAUUCCCUGUGGAUUUGUUGGAUAAUUGCAGUCAUGAGGAAUUGGAAAAUUCUGCUGAAGACUACAUGUCAGAUUUAAGAUGUGGGGAUCCUGAAAACCCAGAGUGUUUUCUUCUUCCCAAUACUACGAUUCCUAUUAGUCUGUCAAAUGUAGGCUUUGUACCUCUUUAUGGUGGCGAUCAGACCCAGAAAAUUCUUGCUCUUUUUGCUCCUGAGGAUUCACUCACAGCUGUGGCUCUUUACCUUGCUGAUCAGUGGUGGGCUAUUGAUGAUAUUGUGAAAACAUCUGUUCCAGCUAAAGAGGGACUUAAGCAGGUGAGCACUCUUGGGGAGAGAGUGGUUCUGUAUGUUCUGAAUCGCAUUAUUUAUAGAAAACAGGAAAUGGAGAGAAAUGAGAUCCCAUUCCUGUGUCAUAGCAGUACUGAUUAUGCUAAAAUUCUGUGGAAGAAAGGAGAGGCCAUUGGGUUUUAUUCAGUUAAGCCUACAGGAAGUAUGCGUGCUUCAUUUCUUACCCAGAAUUACCAACUGCCAGUUCUUGAUACCAUGUUUGUAAGAAAGAAAUACCGAGGCAAAGAUUUUGGACUUCAUAUGCUGGAAGAUUUUGUUGAUUCCUUUACAGAAGAUGCACUUGGCUUGCGGUACCCUCUGUCUUCUUUCAUGUACACAGCUUGCAAACAAUACUUUGAAAAGUAUCCAGGAGACCAUGAACUCCUUUGGGAAGUUGAAGGUGUUGGACACUGGUACCAGAGAAUACCAGUCACGAGAGCAUUGCAGAGAGAAACACUUAAAAUUACAGCAAUUUCCCACAAUGAAGCCAAAAAACCUGUGUCUGGAGAAUAUGGUCUUGCAACUGUUCCAGAAUAUGAAGCAGAAACUGAAGAUAAUCAGUCUAAUGAGAUGCAGCUAACUGUAGGUGCAUUAUAUGAUCACUUUUUGAUGGUUUUUUUCCCCUCAGGUAUUGAAAAAACACCUGUUUCUACUCAUACCCGGGGCAGUCAUUUGAAGCGGCCAAAGAUUGGAAAGAGAUUUCAGGAAUCUGAAUUCACUGGUUCUCAAGGUGAAGAUGAAAAAACUGCCCAGACUUCACCUGCAGCCUCAAUAAAUAAAUUGGAGUCCACUGUGCAUGCAUCAGAGAGCUCAGAAGACUUCCUGGAAGAAAAUCCAGAGCAGAGAGCAACUGAUUUUGAGGAUGAAAGGGAUAAAAAUGCACGCCCUACACCCGAAACGCAGCCACACCUGGAGAAGCAAGAUGGUGAAAAAGAUUCUGAAUUGGAGCCUAUGAAUGGUGAGAUAAUGGAUGAUACUCUUAAGACCUCACUUGUAACUGAAGAGGAAGACUCCUGUAGUGAAGAAGAAUUAAAAGUGCAGUCUUCUAAUUCCAGUGAAGAUACUGCAAAUAGUGUUCCGCUGGUGGUAGAGUCUUCAAAACCCCCUGAGACUGUGGCACUGGAUAAAACCCAACACGUAGCUGACUCAGAAACGUUGAUAGCCCAAGGCCCAUCUGAUGACAAGGCACACACCGAGGAGAAACUGCCCCCAGUUCUGAGAAAGAAAACACAUUUGGGGAAUUCAGACAAUGUUGAAGAACGAGGUGACAGUGGUCUUCCGAACUCUGUGAUAGCUGAAUUGUCUGAAGAACCAGUAUCUGAGAAUUUAUCACCCAACACUACUUCAUCAAUGGAAGACCAGGGUGAGGAGGGGCCUGAGCCCCAGGAAACCUCUACUGCUCUUCCUCAGAGUUCUUUAAUAGAGGUGGAACUUGAAGAUGUGCCAUUUUCACAGUAUGCAGGACAGAAGAACCAGUCAGAGGAGCAGUCUGAAGCGUCAUCGGAGCAACUGGAUCAGUUUACGCAGUCAACAGAAAAAGCUGUGGAUAGCAGCUCAGAGGAGGUUGAAGUGGAAGUGCCUGUGGUGGACAGGCGGAAUUUAAGAAGAAAGGCCAAAGGGCAUAAAGGACCCGCCAAGAAGAAAGCCAAGCUGACCUGAAUGAAGAAGAGAUGCGUAUAAUAAAUCCUCUUCUUUGUAACAUAAUUGUUUUUUAAAUAUUGUAAUUAAUAAACAGCAUGGGUGCAGGAGAAAAAUUUCCAAAAUUCCAAUUUCAAUUUAUUUAUAAUGCAGUUUUUCUCUUCCCUUUAGGAUCUAAGAUUCAACAUUCCUUUUAAUUUUUCAGGCUUUGUGUAAAUACAGUUUUUUAUUUUUCUUAAUCGUUUUUCAAUUUGGGGUAACCAGAUCAUAUUAUAUUUUUCUUUAACAGGUGGAACAUCUGACCAUUAAUAUUUGAAAAAAUAUAAAUUAAAAAAAAUUUGAAAGUAGUUGGCUGUUACUUAUAAGGACCACAGAAGUCUUUUAUAUUAAGGAUUUUAAAACUUGGUGAGAGUUCUAGAAGGUUUUUCUUGAUAUAUCAAAACUAAUAACCAGUUUUUAAAAUGUAGGCAUGCCUAAACAGAAAUAAAGUGUCAGUAAAUUAGAAUAAUUAUAACCUCAAGUAAAUGAGAGCACAAAAAUGGAAGUAUAUGGUCAAAAAUUUAUGAAAACAUUUGGUUUUGGCCUCUUGUAGAUGGAGUUAUCUUCCUUCAACUUCAAUGUCUGCAAAGUUACAUGAAAAUAUAUUUCUGUGGCAUGUGGCACAUUAUCUAAAAUUCCAUUUAUAGAUGCUUACAAGUUUAAGAAAUACUUUCACCUUCAACAUGUAGACAUCCCAGAAAAUGAAAUUUAGGAAUAUAGUUUAACUUGGACUCUGUGGUCCUGAAGACAGAUAAUGAGAUGCUUUUGUUCUCAUCCAAUAUUGAUGUCUCAGAAGUGUGAGUCUCCUUCCUAAACCUCCUUAACCCGCCUCCUGCCCAAACUCUCUAGUCUUAUUUUCACCUCAGCUUUCAUUGUCUCUUGCUCAGUGAUUCUUUUGGCAAAUGGUCUGCCUGAAAGCUUAUGCCUUGGUAUCUGUUCUUGCUUAGGUUUGGAAGCACACCCCUAACCUUAGACCUGCAUGGCAGGGGUAAAGCUGCCCUUGGAGGUGUAGUUACAAGAGCUUAAUUCAAAUUAGAAGGCUCUGUUACCCAUUUGGUCUUGCUCACUAGAUCUGUUCUGUGAAUACUGGUUGUAACCUAGCCUGUAUGUGUAAUUUGUGUCUCCGUAGCAGAAUUUAUUUGCUUAGAAAAAGUUGGAGGGGUAAAAAGUUCCUAAAAUGUUUGUUUUGUACAGUGGUUUUAAAAUGAGCAAAAUGGUAGAGUCCAAAGAGAAUCUCUGCAGUAUGACGUGUUCGUAAUUUGCAAUCAAGUUGGAGAAUGUUUUGAGCCCAUUUUGAUUUGUUUUUGAAACAUCUUGUUCUUGAUCUGUAUGUGAAAGAACCAUAUUAGACUGUCAUUAUUUGAGGUACCAUGGAGUUGAUUUUUGUGGAAGAUUUAUUCAGCCUUCAGGUCAGGUGAUAUAAUGCCAUUACAUUUUAUUUGGAGAUAUUAGAUUUUAGAACUUAAAAUCUUUAAGCAGGCAAAAUACUAAACCUUUUUAUUUUUUAUUUUUUGGUACCGGGGAUCAAACUCAGGACCGAGUUUAAGGCAGGCGAGGCGCCACUAAGCUAAAUCCCCGGCCCUUAAACCUUUUUAUUAUUAUUAGAUCUUGAAGACUUAUAUUUUCUAUUUUCUUUACUGAUCAGCAGAAGUGAAAUAAUUUCAUUCUAAGUGAAAACUAAGGCAUUUUUGCCAUUUGUUUUCUCAACAAAUAAGUGAAUACUAGUGAAUCUAUCAAAUAUUCUUGCUGUUCUAUACCUUUUGAGGAACUUAAUAUCACAACUAAGGAAAUAACUUAAGAUUUAGAAAAUUCUUUUCCAUUUUUCAUUUCUUAAACUAUUUAAAAACUUAAAUGUUUUACUCAGUUCUUCUCAUUCUCUUUAUUCUUUAAAUAGAUCUUUUAAAAAUAAGACCACACUAAAAAAUGAUUACACUCACUGAUAACUCUUGAUGUUUGAAUUUGAAAAAAAUAAAAAUUUGAAAAAAUGAUUAUGUAUGAUGGCAGGGGCUAACAGUAUAAACUUACAUUUGUUAAACUUGUUUAAACAAGGAGUUUUGAGCAAUUUCAACUUUUUGUUCCGCACACAAAGAUUUUCGUGGGGUGGGGAUUUAGCUCAGUGGUCCCACCACCUGCCUCACAAGCUCAAGGUCCUGAGUUCCAUCUCUGGUACCAAAAAAACCAUUUUUCUUUCCUAUUAUGUCUGACAGAAAACAUCCUUGGGUUUAUAGAUCAGAGAGAAAAAUUUAGUCACAUGCAAAAGCCUCUCAUGUUCAGUAACUUGAUUAUAUAAAAUUUAUCCUCAAUAGGGAGUCUAAUCAGAUAGUUGUAGUUUUUGCAAGGCAUUCGCAAAUCUGAGAAUUAGAGGACAGCAAUAUAAUUUCAGCCAACUAAUCUAGUUGAAUGUUCAGUUGCAUUCUACAUAGUCCUUUGUGAAUUACUUUCUGUUGUCUUGUUUGCAGAAAAAGGUUCACUUUUUGUGUACAUACCUAUAUAUUUCCUUAAGUAAUAUAAAGCAGAUGGUUAUUAGAAUUUUAGUUAUACUUUUUUAUUCAGUUGCUAGGCCUCACAGAAAUUAGUAUAUUUAAGAAUUUAUUAUAAAGCUCCUCUACAACUUUUAAAGUCAAGAGGUUCUAUUAUGAUUUUUUUAUAAAGUCAAACAGCAUGACUUAGAAUGUCAGUCUUCUACUUAAAAUGUGUCUAUGUUCAUGUUUCCAUUCAAUGCAGUCAUGGUAACAUCUAGUCAUUAAAUGGUUGGAUUACUUUUAGCAGACUACCGGAACACUACCUAAACAUGGUUUUACCAACUUUAGAAAAGUACCUUGAAGGGUUAUGAAUAGUAUCCAGUUAAGCCUUUACCUAAUAUCUAACCAUCUGCUCUUACACUGGGCUUUAUCCUUUCAGAUUACCUUCUAAGGUUUGGUCACACCAGCAAACUGAAAGAUUUUAAUGUAAAUAAAGGAAUUUAUAUUAACAUUACUCAUCUGUAUAACAGUAUUUUAGAAACAGAUUUGUUCAUGUCCACUAGUAGCGAUAUGAUGUUUAUGGUGUGAUCCAGUCUUUCAUGGGUGAAAAUUAUCACAAAUGUUAUGCUUGUUUUCAUACUGAAUAUCAAGCUUCCUUUAGUACAAAAUUUUUGUUUUUAAAAAAUAAGCAAACCUCAUUUCUGUAGUGUUCAGUGAUUACCUGAAGUGAUUUUUCUUUUAUCUCCUAGAACUUAAAUCACACAUUACCUAUUUUUAUUAAUGGUGAAAUAAUUUGAUAAAAUCUAAUUGUAAGAAAGGUUCAGCUUCUGUCAAAUGAUUCUAUCAUAUUUGAUCAUCAUUUUCAAGAACUAGCCCUUUUCUAAGUGUCUGUAUAUGUUCUAAAACUUCAUGUAUGUUUAUACAACUUAGAAAAUGUUACAGUAAUCUAAAACAGCAAGUCUUAUUGGAGUACUUAUGUUUGUUUUCUCAGUACUUUUUUUUUAAGUUUAAAAGUGUAAUUAAACCUAUAUUUUGUGGGUUUUGGUCUGUGUUUUGAAAUUCUUUCUCUUCUCCUUCCCAAUUUCAUAAAUGAAGAUAUGUUUAGAUAUUGAAUGUUUAGACAUUGAAUCAUCGUGUUAAAGGCACAAUUGAUCAUACUGGUUGUACUGUGAAGACAGACUUUUAAAAAUAAACAAUUUAAAGCAU